GUCGCAUGUCACUACCGCCCUCGAUCUCCUACAGCACAUGCAUUACCAAUCUUGCGCGCAAUUCCGCUGAACGCCCAGCAUGGCCGACCGCAGAAGUGCGCGGCCCUCGAGUCGCCUCAAAACCGCAACUCCACAACCGCCCUCCAGAGCGACCACGCCGCAAGCCGGUCGCAUAACGCGCAGGAGGGGAACAAGAAGCGCCAGCAGAGACGUCGAGCCGCGCAUCGAGGCAGCGAAACCGCCCCGACGUAGCGCCCGUCAAGCAAGCGUCGCCAGCGUUGCCAGUGACAGCGAGCCGGAGAGAGUUGCUGCGCCAAAGACAACGCGAAAAGGCCAGAAGGAGGCAGUUGGAGACCUCACAACGGUAGAAGAAAUCGAAACACAAAUCGUCAUCGAAGACGCUCCACACACGCCGCCGCGGCUCGAAGCAGAAGCUCCCGUACCUCAUCGCUCGCCCGGGGCCAUCUCUGAAAUGUCCGGGACAACUGCUAUAUCUUCAUUCUCAAUGGUCGAGGCGGAGAUGCUGGAACCGCGCUUCAUCGUUCGGCACUUGCCCAAACUGUUCGAAGCCUUGAAGGAAUUUUUAAAUCAUCUAGUCCCAGACAAUGGCCAGCUGGAAGACGACCAUCAAAACAUCAUCGAGAUGCAAAUGCCCGAUUCAGACUUCAAUGCAGACUAUCGGGAUUUUGAUGCGGAAGUAACCCUUCGUCUUAACCACUUUCGCGGGGAACAUGAACAAUACAUCCACCUCCGUGCGAUUCAUCGAGCGCUCUUUGGACCAAAUCGCGACUCGGCUGCGGCACGAUGCUGCUUGGAUCCCGUUCUUUACAUGGCAAAUCUUCUCAUCUUUGCAAAACAAAUGAUGCGCUCAGACAGAAGCGAAAAGGAAAUUUGGAACGCCCUGCGCGAGCUUGACAAUUUUUUCCCAGCCCGGUUUCUCCCCGCGCUCAUCCUUGGCACGAAUGCAUCAGAAUCGCCAACUGGUGACAGCGCGCUGCUCCAGGAGACGUUUGAGCUAGCUUUGGACCUACGAACACAGCUUGCUAUCCUUGUGCUGGAGCGCGCUUCAAACGACAGUAAUUUCAACCCAGAUGAGGCGCUAGAUGAGGUCUUUUUCCAAUCAAAAUCUCCGCAAGCAGGUGCAGGUUCCGUGAUCCGAGGCUGGAGCGUCUCAGCGUUGGGGGGUGAAGACUCCGUCCUACCACAGGCAUUCCAGGGAAAGGUUGUGGAACGGUUUAGCCAGAUGCGGGAAUUCUUCCCAACAGACGCUGAAUCGCUGGAAAGGGGAGAUGUGGCCGACCUUGACGGCUUAGGUUCGAACUUCCCAUGGAACUCGGUUAUCCUACGGCUUCUUGGUUGGGUGCGUCUGCGAAAUAGGGAGCUCCAAGCGGCUAUUCAUAACCACGGAGGGAUCUCAGCUAUUGUGGAGAGGGUUAAGGCUGAAAUGCAGAAUGCAAGCGCUAACGAAGCUCGAGCGACUUCCGUCCCCCAACCGUCGCCACGCAAGAAGCGAACAUCAUUCGGACGAGGCCGAAGGCGCAGCAGCCGCAAGUUUGACCCGAAUGCAGAUGUAGACGACCGGGUAGUGGACAAGCUAAUAGCAAGAGAAAGGCGUUCAGCUGUCGAACCUGCGGCGGAGUCUUCGCAGCAGAUGCAACAACAGCCCGAAGAAGAAGGAGGAGAGGAGGCAGUGGUUGGGCUCAACGAACAGGACGACUGGCACAUGCUUCCAGAAGAUGACCAGCAGCCGACAGUCGAGCCAAUAGAGGAACCUCCCGAAGAGGCAGCCGGCCCGUCAGGACCCCCUCAGUCUACAGUCGAGAUUCUGAGGUUGUUAAAAGAAGGCAAGAAGCUAGACAAGGAGAAUCGCGGUGUGUCAUUAUUCCAGCGGCAAGCGACUGCGCAACGGGUUGAGUUUGGGGACGGAUUCGACGAGACUCAGCCCACGCCAGGGCCUUCGCGAAGCAAAGGAAAACAGCGUCAGCAAUCAUCUCCACGGAAGCGGCGUAGGGCAGCAGAGGAGAGCUCCGAGGACGAGGAAGCCUUCGAGCACGAGCAGCGCACCGCCAAGGUGCAAGAACGACGAGAGAAGGCGAAACGCGUUCGCAUCGACCCAAGUUCCUCCGGUGCUCCAACCAGUCACCAGCCCCGAGCCAGGAACGAGAAUGAAGAUGAGGAAUUCCAGCCUCAAGAGCAGGAAGUGAGUCCAUCGGAGACAAAGGCGCCAGAAAUGACUGAGCCAGCCCCGUCCUCCACAUUCUCGGACCAAAAACAACUAGCGCGGGUCAAUAUACGGGCGAAAGCUAAACCACGUAAAGCGCGAACUGGUUGGACUGCUGAGGCCGAGGAGGCGCUCGUAGAAUACAUGGAGAAAUUCCCGCAGAGGUAUGCCCAGAUUCUCGCGCAUGACGCGGCUUCUGGUCGUCCUCUUUUGCGGGAUCGUACGCAGGUCAAUCUGAAGGAUAAGGCUCGGAAUAUGGCUAUCACUAUGAUCAAAUCAGGGGCGGGUCUCAAAGUUGGGUUCAAGAAUAUUAUCUCGCCGGCUUCUGCGAUGGGCCGGAAGCUCAUCGACGAGGGUUUCAGGGUGGAAUAGCGCGACUUUUCUUGUUGUAUGGACGCGAUUUUGCGGCGCAAUUGGGUGGCUCGGUUUACUAUUGCUAUCAGAUACCCCUAGGGAAGCGCCCGGCGCGGUUUGCUUAUAUACUUUCAU